CGCGGGGGGAGCGCGCGGCGGCCGUUGGCGGCGGCCGUUGGCGGCGGCGGUUGGAGCGGGUGCCGUGGCGGCGGCGAUGGCGGAGCCGUCGGAGAAGCUGUACCGGGCCGAGUACGCCAAGAGCGGGCGCGCCUCCUGCAAGAAGUGCGGCGAGAGCAUCGCCAAGGACUCGCUGCGCCUCGCGCUCAUGGUGCAGUCGCCUAUGUUUGAUGGCAAAGUCCCACACUGGCAUCACUACAGCUGCUUCUGGAAGCGGGCUCGAAUCGUGUCCCACGCAGACAUUGACGGCUUCCCUGAGCUCCGAUGGGAAGAUCAGGAGAAAAUCAAGAAAGCCAUUGAAACUGGAGGGCCUGGAGGAGGAAAAGGAGGAGACCAGGAAGGAGGUGGCAAGGCUGAGAAGAGCUUAAAUGACUUUGCUGCAGAAUAUGCCAAGUCUAACAGAAGUACUUGCAAAGGCUGUGAACAGAAAAUAGAAAAGGGCCAGAUCCGAAUCUCCAAGAAGAUGGUGCAUCCAGAAAAGCCCCAGUUGGGAAUGAUAGAUAACUGGUACCACCCAGACUGUUUCGUGAGCCGCCGAGCGGAGCUGGGCUUCCUCCCAGCGUACGGGGCUGCUCAGCUCCUGGGCUUUGGGAUUUUGAAAGCUGAGGACAAAGAAACUCUGAAGAAGCAGCUUCCAGCUACUAAGAGUGAAGGAAAGAGAAAAGGAGAAGAGGUUGAUGGAAAUGUGACUGUGAAAAAGAAGCAGAAAAAAGAAAAAGAGAAAGAAUCAAAGCAGGAGAGAAUGCUGAAGGAGCAGACAGAGCUGAUUUGGGGCAUCAAGGAUGAGCUGAGGAAGGUCUGCUCCACUAAUGACCUCAAAGAGCUGCUGAUCGCCAACAAGCAGGAAGUACCUUCCGGGGAGAAUGCCAUUUUGGACCGAGUAGCAGAUGGGAUGGCCUUUGGAGCUCUGCUUCCGUGCGAGGAGUGUAAGGGGCAGUUUGUAUUCAAGAGUGAUGCAUAUUAUUGUUCAGGGGAUAUCACUGCCUGGACUAAAUGUGUUGCUAAAACACAGACGCCCAACAGGAAAGACUGGGUGAUCCCAAAGGACUUUCGGGAAAUUCCCUAUCUCAAGAAAUUUAAGUGUAAAAAGCAGGAUAGGAUAUUCCCUCCAGAGGCUGCAGCUGCGAAUUCUGUUCCUCCUCCUUCUGUGUCUGCUCCUAUGGCAGAGACCGUGUCUGCACCCACAGAUAAACCACUGACAAACAUGAAGAUCUUGGUUCUCGGGAAGCUGUCCAAAACCAAGGAUGAGGUGAAGAGCAUUGUGGAGGACCUGGGAGGAAAGAUGACUGGAAGCGCUAACAAGGCCACCUUGUGCAUCAGCACACAGAAGGAUGUGGAGAAAAUGAGCAAGAAGAUGGAAGAAGUGAAGGAGGCCAAAGUCCGUGUGGUUUCAGAGGAGUUUCUUCAGGAUGUGAAAUCCUCCAGCAAGGGCUUCCAGGAGCUUCUGUCUCUCCAUGCACUUUCACCUUGGGGUGCAGAGGUGAAAAUGGAGCACCAGGAGGUAUCUGUGGAUGGGAAGUGCUCCAAGCCAUCGAAUAUGAAGAGUGCUGGGAAAGUCAAAGAAGAGCAAGGUCCUAGCAAGUCUGAAAAGAAAAUGAAGCUAACAGUUAAGGGUGGAGCAGCAGUAGAUCCUGAUUCUGGUUUGGAGGAUUCUGCUCAUGUCUUUGAAAAAGGUGGAAAGAUUUUCAGUGCAACCCUUGGGCUAGUAGAUAUUGUGAAAGGAACAAAUUCUUACUAUAAACUGCAACUGCUAGAGGAUGACAGAGAGAGCAGAUACUGGGUGUUCAGAUCUUGGGGUCGCGUGGGCACUGUGAUUGGGAGUAACAAGCUGGAGCAGAUGCCAUCAAAAGAGGACGCCGUUGAGCACUUUCUAAACUUGUACGAAGAGAAAACGGGCAAUUCUUGGCAUUCAAAGAACUUCACUAAAUAUCCCAAAAAAUUUUACCCACUGGAAAUUGAUUAUGGACAGGAUGAAGAAGCUGUGAAGAAACUGACAGUGGGUGCUGGGACUAAAUCCAAACUUGCAAAGCCGAUCCAGGAGCUUAUUAAGAUGAUCUUUGAUGUGGAGAGCAUGAAGAAAGCAAUGGUGGAAUUUGAGAUUGACCUGCAGAAGAUGCCACUGGGAAAACUGAGCAAGCGGCAGAUCCAGAGCGCGUACUCCAUCCUUAACGAGGUCCAGCAGGCAGUUUCUGACAGUGGUUCCGAAUCCCAGAUCUUGGACCUCUCCAACCGCUUCUAUACCCUGAUCCCUCAUGACUUUGGGAUGAAGAAACCACCUCUCCUAAAUAAUUUAGAAUACAUUCAGGCUAAAGUGCAGAUGUUGGACAACCUGCUUGACAUUGAGGUUGCCUAUAGCCUUCUCAGAGGUGGCAAUGAAGAUGGAGAUAAGGACCCGAUUGACAUCAACUACGAAAAGCUCCGAACUGAUAUUAAGGUGGUUGACAAAGAUUCAGAAGAAGCCAAGAUUAUAAAACAAUAUGUGAAAAAUACACAUGCUGCUACUCACAAUGCAUAUGACCUCAAAGUUGUGGAUAUCUUCAGGAUUGAACGUGAAGGAGAGAGUCAGCGGUACAAGCCAUUUAAGCAGCUUCAUAAUCGCCAGCUGCUGUGGCACGGAUCCCGCACGACCAACUUUGCCGGAAUCCUCUCCCAGGGUCUCCGGAUAGCUCCUCCUGAAGCUCCUGUGACCGGCUACAUGUUUGGGAAGGGCAUCUAUUUUGCAGACAUGGUAUCCAAGAGCGCAAACUACUGUCACACAUCUCAGGCUGAUCCCAUAGGCCUAAUACUACUGGGUGAAGUUGCCCUUGGAAAUAUGUAUGAGCUAAAGAAUGCCUCUCACAUAACCAAGUUGCCAAAGGGAAAGCACAGUGUGAAAGGCCUGGGCAAAACUGCACCUGAUCCCACAGCCACUACCACCCUGGAUGGUGUAGAGGUUCCCUUAGGGAAUGGGAUUUCAACAGGAAUUAAUGAUACCUGUCUUCUGUAUAAUGAAUAUAUUGUGUAUGAUGUCGCUCAGGUAAACCUGAAGUACCUGCUGAAACUGAAAUUCAACUAUAAGACAUCACUCUGGUGAACAAUAUUUAGAAGCCCUGUUAGAGUUAUACUGUAGUUACACUAUAGCGUUGACUUCUGACAUGCUUAAGCAUUGACUUCUCUUAUCAAGAUAUCAAAACAGCUAAACUGCAGAAAAGGUUACUAAAUCCUAUUUAGUACAACUCUCAGUGAAAGUUUUGUAUAAAUGUGUGACAACACAUGGAACUGAAUUCUGAUGGAAUGAGUACCUUGUUUUGUUUUAUAUCACUUCUAGUUUGGGGGCUAUCAAGUGUUUUCUUUUAAUUGACCAAACUGACCGAAAAACUCGAGCUUGUGUUUUUAGCCAGAGGUGGGUAAUAGCAGGAGGAGGAACUUCAGGAUAUUUGCAGAUACCUGCUCUGUUAUAGUUCCCUCUUGUUUAAGAUACCCUUUUUCAUUUUUCAUUUGGAAUAAAUGUUAAAUGUGCAUUUAUUUUGAGGUAAAAAUAAAAGCUAAUUUCAUACUAACAGCUUUAUGUUUCAAAACUUCCAAAUUGUUUUGAUUUUUAAGUCAUAAUUUAAAUGUAUUUGGAAUGGUUUUAAGCAUGCCAUCUCUUUCUAAAGAUCAGAUGCCAAACGUUGCAAUCUGUAGCCACAUUUCAUCAAGUCAUGGUGAAAUGAGAAUUUGGACUUUUCCA